CUCUCUUCGAUGCUCCACCACGCAUCCAGCACCUCACAAUGGCUUCCAAAGCGCUCUCGUCAUCCCUGAGUCGGCGGUGCUUCAACCCGACAGCUCGACUCCUCCGCAAUGGCCCCCGACCUUUCGCGGCCGCCGCUCGACGAACCCUUCUGGAGGCUUACCGGCCCGCUAUCUAUGUUGCCGGCCAAAGACGAGCCAUUACAAGCACGGCAAGAUCAAGGCUUGCAGAAGCGCAGGAAUCCUUUGAUCCCCGGCAACAGGAGCGAGAGAGCGAUGAGGUCGAUGUUUGCAUCGUGGGUGGCGGUCCCGCCGGCCUGAGUGCUGCAAUACGACUGAAGCAGCUGGCCAACGAAGCCGGCAACGAGGACUUCAGGGUACUUCUUUUGGAAAAGGCUGGCGAGCUGGGAGACCACAUUGUGUCGGGGAAUGUUAUAGAGCCAUCUGCUCUCAAUGAGCUCCUCCCAAACUGGAAUGCCGAAGACAAUCCGAACCGAUUCGAGCACGUUACUGCUGCCAAAGCCGACAAGAUGCGUUUCCUCACCAAGACGAUGGCUAUUCCUAUCCCCAAACCUCCUCAGAUGAACAAUCACGGGAAUUUUAUAAUAAGUUUGAAUCAAUUCACAAAAUGGCUAGGCGAACGGGCCGAGGAAAUUGGCGUCGAAAUAUACCCUGGAUUCGCUGCGUCAGAGGUCCUAUACAAUAGUGAUGGCUCAGUCAGAGGGGUAGCGACGAAUGACUUGGGCAUUUCGCGAGCGGGCAAACCGAAGGACUCUUUCGAACGCGGCAUGGAGUUCCGCGCUCGAGUCACGCUCCUUGCGGAGGGCUGUCACGGCAGCUUGACGAAGCAGAUUGUGAAAAAGUUUGAUCUCAGACGUGACAGCCAGCAUCAAACGUAUGGUCUAGGCAUCAAGGAGGUAUGGGAGAUUGAUCCGGAGAAAUUUCAGUCUGGUCUAGUAGUCCAUUCAAUGGGUUAUCCUUUGCCCUCGAAUACGUAUGGUGGUGGUUGGAUGUACCACUUCGGGGAGAAUAUGGUCAGCAUCGGGCUGGUUGUAGGGCUCGAUUACCCCAACCCAUGGCUAUCACCAUACGGCGAAUUCCAGAAGAUGAAGCACCACCCGCUCUACAAGUCUACUCUUGAGGGAGGCAAGUGUAUCUCGUAUGCCGCAAGAACCUUGAAUGAAGGUGGUUUCCAGUCAAUCCCCAAAUGCGCAUUUCCAGGAGGAGCGCUAAUUGGAGAUACUGCUGGCUUUCUCAACGUACCCAAGAUCAAAGGCACACACACUGCCAUGCGAUCAGGAAUGCUAGCUGCCGAGGCAACAUACACCGCUCUCACUUCAACGGACGAGGGCAGCGUAUUUCUUUAUGAUUACGAGGAUAAACUCCGUUCCUCCACCAUCUGGUCAGAGCUAAAGACUGUCCGGAACAUGAGACCAUCUUUUCACACUCCAUUGGGACUGUAUGGUGGAGUAAUGUACUCGGGGUUGGAGGCUUAUGUCUUCCGCGGCAAGACACCUUGGACGCUGAAGCAUGGGAAGCCAGACCACGCGGCCACAAAGCUUGCUGACAAGUGCAAGAAGAUUGAAUAUCCGAAGCCAGAUGGCAAGAUCAGCUUCGACAUUCUGACCAGUGUCAGUCGCAGUGGAACAAACCACGAAGAAGACCAGCCGGUGCAUUUACAAGUCAAAGACUGGGACAAGCACGCUCAGCUGGAAUGGCCGAAAUACAAGGGCGUGGAGAAUCGCUUCUGCCCUGCGGGCGUGUACGAGUAUGUUGAGGACGAGAGUAAGGAUAUUGGCGUGCGGUUCCAGAUCAACGCACAGAACUGUGUACAUUGCAAGACUUGCGAUAUCAAAGUACCGGACCAAGACAUCAACUGGACCACGCCUCAAGGCGGCGAAGGCCCGAAAUACGUGCUGACAUAGGUUCCUAGGACGACGUAAUGGAUUACGCUGCGAGGCUUAUUUGAUACAACCAGGCAGGGUUGGUUUCCGCUGUUUACCACCAUUACUGUUCAGCAUCCGCUUCUGAGCAGCUCUGUACAUAGGAUGGAGCGAUGCCGGAUUACUGUAAAUAGACAUUCUUCACAGGGCCCCGCCGGUUGGGCAGCAGGACCAGGAAGCGCAAGCUUUUACCUUGCUCGAACUGCAUUCUUCGCUGUAACACGCCGGUGACGUAUUGGUGACAAGGCGGGUGAUGAUUUGUCCACGAUGUCCUCUCUCCUGCUCUGGCAGGCAUCUCCCGUUACAUACCGCAGAAAGAAAGGCCUUGGAGGGGAGUUGUGAUGUAGCAGC